ACAAGAAUGGAUUGAUUUUCUUCAUGUAUUCAAACAGUCCACAAACCAUUAAAAACCUGUAGAGACAUGAAUUGAAGAGACAUAUAUGGCGGCCCCCAUUCAGCUGCCGAGACUACACGAUCGUGAUGGGUUGUUUGAUGAAGGAGUACGGUCAUCUAAGCGUGCAAAGUAUGCACCAGAACAAAAGUUCAGUAAACAGAGUACCUCGUUUGCUGCAUUGGAAGAAGACGAGGACGUCUUAAGACACGGGAUCAAGCCAUUCCUAAAGCUGAAACAUCCGCACACCGUAUAUCAUGCUGAUUUCAAUAAGUACUCGGAGCAGUACCUUCUGUUGGACACAACUUCCGUACAUUUCUGGACAAAAACUGGACAGUAUAUCAAGAGCUGCAAGAUCAACACAUUCUUUACAAACUUCAUCAGUGUCCCACUGAACGACUGUCUGAUUGCAUGGUCACUCAACGCGGACUGCCUGAAAAUCCUGGGUCCUGACUUCAAGUUCCUUGGUUCCGUGGAGUGUCCUAGCUCAGUGAAGAGUGUGAUCUAUAACGACAGCACUGAUGAGCUUCUGACUGGAGGGCAGGGUAAUUUCACAGUAUGGAGUUUCCGAAAGUUAAAGGCGCAGAAACUGGUUAGAAAAUCAGUGAUAAUAGUUGGUAUUGACCCAACUGAUGAGCUUCAGCAGCUAAUGGUUGAGGAUGUUAUUGGACCUGCUCAAAGAUGUUUCGCUGUAAGCUCAAAGAGAGUGUACAUAUUUGAUAUCUACGGAGGGAAGAUGUUGAUGUGUCUGGACAACCUUCACAAGCACCAGAUAACCAGCUGUAUCUUUGUCAGUAACCUCACCUACCUCAUCUCCUCCAGUAUGUCCGGCUCUAUAAAGGUCUGGGACGAGAGUUGGAGUCUGAAACACGUAUUUGUUGGGCACUGUGCCAAGGUGACCCAGCUCCUCUACUACGUACCCGACAACUGUAUCAUAUCAGCCAGUGUAGAUAAGACCAUCAGGUUAUGGAGCUUGGUCUUCCUCGACCUAAUGCAGUGUAUCCAGACCUGGUCCAUGACACUGGGGUUGGGGAUACUGCCUGAUAACAGUACACUUUACUCAUUCGGGGAUAAGGGAGUUGAGGUUUGGGAGAUAACCACUCUUCACAAGAAACUGGGGAGCACAAGUUCAGAAAUAAAGACCAUGGGCUGCACAACAAGUCCCCGAGUCCCAACCCGUCUGAUAGUGACACUAGAGGACAAGUCUCUGGCAGUCCUCUCUCCUGUGACUGGAGAAGUGUUGGAACUGUGUUACCUCCCCACCACCCCUCCUCCUCCCUCUUCUCCUUCUCUGGAGAGCAACCACACAUUCCUCACGGAGACCCACCCCCUUACUCGCCCCUCUAUGAAGGAUGUCGUGUAUAUUCCCAGUGAGGGGUUCAUUUACUGUCUCGACCAUAGUGGUGAUAUCUACGUUUUUGUUACUUCAGGUAACCCCUGUAAGUUGCUGACUGUUUGGAAGAGUACAGGGUUGGACUGUGUAUCGUGCUGUCUCACUAACUACGAGUACCUUGUGGAUGGUACACCUUACUCUGAGGCUGACCUGGACAACCUGCAGGUAGGAAUGAGAGAGGAUCUGUCAGUGAAGUUCCUGCUAGUCCAGGCUGGAGGCCAGACUAACCAGAACAUCCUGAUGGCUGGUUGUGAGGACGGCUCGCUGGUUAUGUUCAACAGAAGGUACGGUAGGAUAGACUUCAGGAUCCAGGGUCACGACUCCUCUGUGGCCCACUUAGUCAGUAACACCAUGCACAGCAGGGUGGUUAGUGCUGGAAACGAUCACGUGAUCAGAAUCUGGAGAAUGUACCCCUUCGCGGAGGAAGCACUCGCACCCAUGUUCUCUUAUUACACGGUCACAACGCCCAAGAAUCUCAUAACAGGGAUAGACAGAGUGUUUUACAGCUACGAGAAACCGGACACGUGUACGUUUAUCACAGUGAUGCACGAUCUAACGGACAAGAAAAACAAAUACCCUCAUAACCCUGAUGAUGAUCACACAGGGGCCAUUACCUGCAUCACUGUCAGCGAGAGUCAGAGGAUAUUCCUGUCUGCUAGUGUGGACAGUACCAUUAAGAUUUGGAAUCACAACAAUAAGCUGGUACGCACGCUUGUUUUGAACACAAUACCCUCUGCAAUAACAUUUGGCAACCACGAGGGAGAUAUCCUGUUGAGUAUCAAGAGCGAGAUACGGGUUGUCAAGUUCAAGACAUACCUUCCUGAGGAGUAUCUCAAACACAUGAUCGGUGUUCAGUAUCCUAUAGAGGUAAGCGAGAGGCCGGUCCCCAAGAGUCGGGGAGCUAAGGAACAGAUGUCAGAUCUAGAGUCGACCCUGCCCUCGGGUAUUCGACAAAACAGGGACCAAGUUGGAUACGUUCCUCUGUCUGAACUGAAAUAUCGGGCACAGGCUGAGACUAUCAAGAAAUCUGAGAUUGCUAAGCUCAUGCAGAGGAAUUUCGAGCUGGAGCAGCUGUCCCAGGGCAAGUACGAUAUCAAAAAGUUCAUUCGAAAGACAAAGAAGAUGAGAGAUAACGCAUUUGAGGAUUAUUUUAGACUGGUGUAUCCGGCCCGGCACAGUGUGACUAUUGAUGAGGACGACGACUGUUUUGAGAGAGGAGUGUAUGUCGGCCUGAGAAUAACAGAUCGUGCAGAUGUAGGACGAAGAGACUCUCUGGUCCCCACUCCCAUCCCCUUCCAGAUGCUCGACAGGAAGGUUCUAGAAAAGGACCUGCCCUCUGCUCCUGAUGGUUAUAAACCCAACUCUUGUGUUAGGAGGGCUUACAGAUCUCCCACACCCCCACCUAAGUCGAAGAAGGAUAAGAAGAAGGAGUGGAAGCUGAAGAAGUUGACAGCAGCACAAAUGGCAGAGCUUGCUGCUCAUCUUGGUAACGAUGAGUUGUUCAAGAAGGAAUCGAUAGAGAUUGAUUAUGAAUUACUAAAACAGCUAGAAGAGGAAGAAGCUGCAGACCAGAAAAGGCUGUUAGAAGGACGAGACUGGGCGACAGAGACUGAAAGUUCCUCAACUUUAUCCUCUCCUGACAUAAUUGAGCAGGAGGAUGAAUCUUCUGCAUUCUCCAUGACUGACGAGUCCCCCACGCCGCCACCGCCGCCACCACGCCAGCAAAGCAAGGUCCAUUCCUCUCGCAGUAAACGCAGUGCCAAGAAAACACUCGUUAUGCAGGAGGAUGACGACGAUGAGGACGACAGCUUUGAACCGUCAGACUACAUGUCCAAGCUGCAGGACAUCAUGGCUCACGUCAAACCUGCAACUCCCUCCCCGGGUCCAACACCAGAGCCUGUCAGCACCCCUGGCUCAGAGCGACCUCCCUCCAGAAAGCAGGUACAGGGUCCUACAAAACCUGUCAAGAAAUUCGUCUCUAGGCCUGCCCCAAGUAAAGUACGGAAAAAGAGUCGAAUGAAGGAAGAUUUACUAUCUGUCAGAAGAAUGACAAUACCAAAGAUUACACCAAAGCCACAUGCCACUGAAGAGAAGAAGGCAGACACCCCACCCCCACCUCCCCCGGACCCUCUGCCCGAGUACAUUGUCUUGUUCCAGGACGAACCUUGGUUCAGGUCCUACCUUCCUGAUCCUAACCCUAGGACGUUCCCGAAAGCUAGUCUCACCCAGUUCCUGCAAAUGAUAUUGGAGGCUAUACCAAAGGCAGCGUUCCACGUGAAAGCUGAAAUCUGUCAGGCAAUCGGUUUAAUUCACACCACGUACGGAAUACCAAUCCCGACAGAUGUUAAAAUAGCAAUCCUAAACGCUUUGAAUGGUUAUCCACUGCCUAGAGUCGCCCUUCCCGAUGAAAAACAAUACAUACUCGAGGCCUUGAAACUAAUCCAAAAGCUGAACGUAAUGGACGAAUCAGUGCUAGCGGAACUGCUAGCGCAGUUCAUUGACGGAGACGAUACUGUGAGGGAACUUGUCAUGGCUCUUCUAAAAGCUCGCGGAUUGAUGAAUCAAAACACCGACCUCGAGACAGAACUAGACUCCUGGGAAACAUGGAAGCUCGAAGGUGAUCCUCGCCGUAAAGCAAAACUUAUUGAAAUGGCAGAGGAGUGGUGUAAGGAAUGGAAACAGAGAUACAACGAAUUCAUGGCCAACGUUGGAAACGAAGCUAAGAAAUCGGGCAAAACUGUAUCUGAGAUAAUGAGCAUGUUAAGUUCCCCAGGGACAAGUCCAAUAGUUUCUAUCGUUAAUUUCUUCGUAUACAAAUGCAGAGAAAAGGAGGAGUUGUUGACAAAAUCUGGUGGUGAGCCAAAGAAGACAACAGAGGGAGUGAGAAACGCUGUUAUCAGCAUGCCCGCCAUAAAGAAGAGUAAUCUGAUGAGAUUGGGAGAAAGCCACAGAAGCAAGUGUUAUCCUGAACGUGAAUCCACAUUGAGUCGGUUUCUGCCACAACUUGACCCCAGGACGCAAUCCAGGAUCAAUAUCCUCCUUCAUGGUUUCACAACAUAUGUUAAUCUGGCUCUAAAACCGAUUAAUGUCAAUCCCUUUGCCAAACCAGACAAUAAGACAACUCUAAAAGAGAAAACAAGGCCCAAGUCAUUGAAUUUGUUAUCACCGUUUAAGUAUUUCGUCCCAGAAUUGGCGACACUGUCCAUUACAGAUAAUUAGAAAUUUACAGAAGACGUUUUAUAUAGAUUUGUAGGUACAAUUUUAAGUUUUUGAACAUAAUUUAAUUCAAUGUAAAUACCAAGGCAAGUGUUAAACUGUA